CAGUGGCAGUGGCUGAGACAACCCUGUUACCGGCCACUGUUAACCUGUGUAACUAAGAGCCCCGAUCAUACUCGAGACCAACAGCUCGUGGCAAAGCAAAGACAGAUUCCCCUGAAGGACUCUGUGUAUUUAUCGGGUAUCUGUGUCCAGAUAGAAAUCCAGACCUUUGGUCAGACCCAACUUUAGAAGAAAAACACGCUCUUUAUUGGAUGACCACGACGUGUGAAGAUGCAUUGCGUGUCCGAUGAGUGCAAAAUCUGCCAGUUAAAGUCCGUGAUCAAGAGCUCGGCGCAGACAGGAGUACCCGCGGUGAAGAAACCCGCAAGAAGCUCCACCCGGUAAGAAGUGGAAGAGUGGUAUUCAGUGAAGAAAGAGAAGAGAGUGGGGGCCAGCAAACAAACACCAGCGCGUCAUCAAAUGAUGGGGAUAAAGCACCUUCUGCUUCUUUUGGUUUACUUAGACCCUCUGAAUGUCCUGUGCGCCGCCACCGCCAACAAAAAGAACAAAACCCCGCUGAGGAGGAUCCCAAAGGUGAAGGAGGUCAACGGCAGCACCACCGCGGUCCCCGGAGCCGCCGCCGUCCCGGGGAAGAUCACCCAAGUCCAGGCUCCGCCGCUCGUCGCGUUCCAGCACGACACCUGUAAGGGCUACUACGACGUGAGCGGUCAGUUCGACAACGCGUUCGCCUGCAACAAUACCGAUCACCGCUUCUGCUGCGGCAGCUGCUUUCUGCGCUUCUGCUGCGCGGACCGGGGUAAGCGGCUGGAGCAGAACAGCUGCAACAACUACAUCACCCCGGACUGGAUCAAAACCCAGCCCCCGUCACCGGCGCCAACAGGUGACACGUACGACCCCGCGCUGGACCAGACCAACACCACAGUGUACAUCACCUGCGGGGUCAUUGCGCUCAUCAUUGCCAUUGGGAUUUCUGCGAAAGUUGCCUACGAUAAAGCCACGAAGCCCCCUCAGGAAAUGAACGUGCACAGAGCCCUGGCUGACAUUUUGAGACAACAAGGACCGGUUCCCAUAUCUCAGUAUGAGCACGAAAACAUCGCAGCGCUCGACGGGUCCCCCAAAGAUGAGACACCGGUCAGAACCAUGAAGAAUCAUUACACACCUGUUCACGCUAAGGCAGCAAACCACGGACAUUACGGAAAAGAGAACCUGCGCAGCGGAGGCCAAGACAUGCACAACUUCAUCUCCUCUGGGUUUGUCACACUUGGACGUGGCCACUUGAAAGCGCAGCACUCCAUAGACGAAUCGGGGCAGAUGUCCUGGCAGGGCGAUCUGGACAUCCCUAUGUCCUACGGAAACCAUCACCAUGACUACCAGCAUAGCCACCUGGACCUGACCGCCCUGACACCUAAAAUGGCCCACAGACAAAUGAGAUACGAGCGACCCCAGCGGAUGAACAACAUCCUGACCUCAGCCACGGAAGCCUACGACCUGUCCCUGUCCAGAUCCUUCCAGAACCUGAGCCAUCUGCCGCCUUCCUACGAGCUGGCCCUCAAGUCUGACUUAAACCAUAAGCAGCGGCAACGUCCUCGUCGAGUCCAAAGGGCCAUGUCGCAGGACCACGUCCUGUCUCCUCCCAGGACGCCGCGACGUGGAGAGUACGGCCUGUCUUCAUACGGUGCGAUGGUGGCUGCGGCAUACGGAAGCAGCCGCCACCUCUCGGAAGAGCAGCUGCUCUCAGCGGACCGCCUCCAUUCCCAGGAUCCGCUGUUGCUGUCCCCAGCAAUGAGGCGCGACAAGUUCCGGGAGAAGGCCAUGGCGAGGGCGAUGUCUCACGCUGACAUGCUGAUACCCACCACGCCAGUUAUGGACCGCCACAAGGUGACCAAGAUGUACUCUCAACCCAGUGCCUCUACUGACUCCUACAACACGCUGACGGUCAACCACCAAGUGACCACGUCUAAGAGGCAGGCGUUUGCUUCCCGACGAACACACACGGUGGACCACCUGCAGUACAUUCCCGGCCACCACCACACAUACCACACUGCCAGUAAGAACGAGGUAACUGUUUAACUCCGGGGUUGAAGCAUUCCUGAGACCCACCCCCAACGUCGACAGAAGGAUACUCAGCAGAACUGUUCAGUCUUCUCAUCAAAACAACCUCCUGCAUUUAAGAAAAGAGAACAAAAAAAUAACUCUUCCGGCUUUUUAGCACAAGCUUUCUGUGUCAUCCAGAUUUUGGAUAAUUAGAAUCAAACCCUGGCAAAGACAUUUCUCUUUUAGAGCAUCAUAAGGGCUUUGCGCGGCGACACAAAGAUCCUUCAUGUCGGACAUUAGACAAUGUGAAGAAAAUAUUUUUUAAACUGGAUUUGGGACUGGAAGGGAAUUGUAUCAACUUUAUAAAUAUAUAAAUAUAAUAUAUUUACUAUUUGUAUUUUCAGUCCUUGUUAUAGCUUUAGAGAUUCUCAUUAACUGAUGUAAGCACUUCAGAUGGUGCCUCUUGAAUUGUCCCAUUUCAACGAUGAAGUGGAUUUGUGGGUUAAAAAGCACAAUUAAUGACUUCCCUUUUUUUCGAUUAAGUUUUCUCUUCUUCUUCUUCUACUUCUUCUUCUUCUUGUUCGGUGAAUGGCCAGAACAUAUCAGCUUAUUAGUGAAAAACGAGGCUAUUUUUGUUGCAUAUAAUAGGAGAUUGUAAAUAGGCUACAUUAGCAGCAUUAACCUAGAAAAGCUGGCCCUCCGGCAUUAUUUUUUUCUCCCACCUGGAAUCUUUGAUUCCUACUUUAAAAUUUCGUUUUAGAUAAGGUGAAUUCCCCCAAAUAGCAUUAUUUCCACAGAUGUCGGCAAAAUAUGUGGAUUUAAUAUAUAUGUGGGGGGUAUUUUUUUCUUUUCUAACUGUGCUUGUAGCAUAGAAUGAUUGUGUGUGAAAAAAACUUUUACCAGUGUUGACUGGCAGCUUCAGUCUGCAGAAAUAAAUCUACAGGUGAAAACGGAGCCUGAUGGUCAUUCAAAUUUGCUGAAUUUCCAUAUCCUCGCUUUGUCAUCCGUAACCCCAUCCAUUCAUAAUUCUCAGUUUGUGAUUGGUCAGCUGCUUCCAUCUCUACAUAUCAAGCACUCCGUGUUAAGAAGUGCGCAGGUUGUGUAAUAGUUUGUCGAUGUGAUGGACCAAUCAGUACUAAAGAGGACAUCACAAUCGCCGGUCAGUGAAGCAUUGAUUAAAAUGUUUGAGAUAUUUUCAUUAAAGCAAUGCCUUAUUGUAUGGAUUCCCAUAUGCUCUUAACUGAACAAUCAUGCUUGUUGUCUUUGCUUUCUGUGCAAUAUUAUUGACUAUAAUUUACCAGCAGAACCAGCAGCGAAAACCUAUACGGUGAGAGAUGUUGCAGUAUAUAUACCUCAAAAAUUCAAUUGAAGAAGUCUCAAACUUUGCAGGCAAAACAACCAUUAGGUAUAUCAAUCUUCCAAUUCUUAUUGAAAGUUGUUUAAACUUUACUCGAGUAAGAUUUAUUAUAAGUUUUAUGGGCUUACAGGUAUGUGAAAAUACCGUGCUUCUGUUUUCAGUUGACCUGGGGGGUGGGGAAGGUUUUCUCGGUUGCUAUAUGAAGAUCCAGUCCAGGAAGUGAGACAGUCGGGGUCCAGAUUUUAUACUAUUAAUAGAAGUGUGGCUGUUAGGAUUUGUGUAAUUCCUUCAGGGCUUGGGUUUUCUACAUGGACUCGCCACAGUGUGUCAUAAAGAUUGCCAAAGACAGUUUUUUAAGGCAAAUUUUUAUUAAGUGCAGGAAAAUUUAAGCAUGCCAUUGCACUUUUUAACUACAGGUGGAGUGUCAUGCUGCUUCCUGCCAAUCUAGUCCCUAUUUAAGUCCCAAUUCAAAUCCCAAGGAAAGCCAGUUAAGCACCUCCUUUAGGAAAUUGUCACAUGUCCAAAAAAAUAGCUUUCUCACUAAGACAAGUCACAUCUUAAUUUAAGCCUAGACUGAAUAUAAAAGAUGGACGUAGCCACCAACUUAAGCAUUUCUGCUGAAGCGGUGUGUCUGAUGGAGAAUCCAAAAACACUUUCACACCCUUUAGAAAUAAACAUCCUGCUAAAUUAAAGAUAAUUUGUAACUAACAAUUGAAACUAUGAACUCAUACAGAAAGUGUCACACAUCAAGUGAGCAGUACUGAUAGACUUUUAUAAAAUUAGUACGGAGCCCCGCA